GGUUACGGAAAACAUGGAUUGCGGGACGGUAUUACAUGUUUUAAGAGAGGAGUUCAGGUUAAUGAAAUUUGGAUUCGGUAAUGUAGAUGAUAGCAGAUUUUAUAUGUUUCAGUUCCGAUCACCACCGAUUGUGUACAUAUUGUAUCGUUUAUUUCUUACACUUUAUACUAUGUCAUGGCUAAUAGUCACCAGAAAUGGUAGUAUUGAUGGAGGGAAAUUAGGUUGGGGCGUCUUUUUAACUAACUGGACCUACAUCGUUCUCACUAUCUACCUGACCACACAUUUAGUAGCGGCAGUGGUGUACCAUAUUUACAAAUGGCGACAGGGAGGCUCGAUUUUCAGAAGAACGGAGGAAGACGUCCAUAAUGAUUACUUCAGAGACGACGACGAUAUGAGUAUGCAAGAAUCGCCAAAAGUGCACUUUUAUAUCGCCCGAAUUGUUGUAUGGGUAAUAUAUAAUGCCGUUUCAACAGGGGCUCUCGUGGUCACCAUCAUAUUCUGGACAAGUAUUUAUCCCACCAUGCCAGGUGGUCCUAUAGGAAAUUAUAAUCUCCAACUUCAUAUCCUUAAUUCUCUUAUAAUAUUUAUAGAACAUUUUGUCACGGCAGUGCCUUUUCGAAUCCUUCAUUUUAUUUAUCCGUUUGUGUAUUUAUUACUAUAUACUAUAUUCAGUGCGAUUUAUUGGGCUGGCGACCACAGCCGGGUGAUCUAUGAUAUUCUUGACUGGAAUAAACCAGGCCCGACAACGGGUGUGGUUUUGCUUAUAGGAUUAAUUGUUGUUCCCUUAUUACACUUUUUAUUUUAUUUAAUUUAUAAACUUCGGGUCUUCGCUUACAAAAGAUUAGCUGCGUUAUAGUUGAAGACUGUGCAAACAAAUUUUAAAUGAAUUUAAUUUAGGCUAUAGUUUAUGGAAAAACGGUUCUAUACGAGAACCAAACUUAAAAUAUAGUCUUUUGUAAACGAGGUUUUAGCUUUUGCAUUGUUAGUACAUGUGUGUCCUUGCUAUUUAUACCCUUUGAGAUUGUUUCCCAUAAUAUAUCUUGUUAAUUUUUGUUUUAAUUUCAAUUUUUUUUUUUAAUUCGAAUUUUAUUUUUUUUAUUUUUGUGUGUGUGUGUUUUUUGAAUUAAAAAAACUAUUUUUAUUAAGUAUUCUCAUGAUGUAUAUUGAAAAUAAUGCUCAUGAUGUUAUUCCAGACUUAUUGUUGUAAUUGUUUUCGAAUGCCCCGGGCAUCCAUUUCAGGGAAGCGUCCACUGAUAGAGUGAAAUUCAAAUUAAGUUUUGUAAAAUUUGAAAGUAUUGGUUUACAAGCCGUCCUACUUUUAAUAUGUUUUUACAUAAGUCUUUGAGACAUACAACUCAUGGCAAUUACACUUAAAUUCGUUUAUAUAUUUUAUUUUCUUGCUGAUAAUUAUCUUUUACAGCACGACACUAUUCCAUUUCAAAAUGAAAUAAAAUGUCAACCUUUACAUGCCCAUAUAUAAGUCUUUGUAUUGUUUAUUGGUUGCUACCAACAGCGGACAAAGAAAUACAUUCUAGAUUUUAGAUCUUCUAUAUAUUUAUUAUCUAAAGUCUACACCAUUGCACACGAGACAUUAAUAUUGAAUUCUUAGCGAGCUUUCCUGGGCGUUUCUCUUUCCUUUAUUUGAGUAACACAUGAAUAGUUUUGAUGGAGGCAUAUAAGACAAUAACAAGACAUAAGAGAACAGAGAUUUCUCAAUUAUAUUGUAAUAUUUAGCAUACUAUAAGAGUCUUAUGUAAUACAGACUUUGAAGUUUGAAACUCAGAA